AUGCACUCUGCCCGGGAGGAAGCACUACAGAAACACAUCAAAGACCUUGAGAAGCGCGACGAGGAAGGCGUCCAGUGGCGAAGCGUCCAGUCUAGAGAGAUACAAGCCCUGGAAAAUAGGCUUGCGUCGCGCACCCAACACUUUCAAAUGUCCAUUGAACAAGAACGGGGAAGGAGUGCCAAGUACAUUGAAGCCCUUCGAGAGAAAUACGAAACACAGCUUCAAGAUCAGCAGGACCAGUUUUAUACAAACCUGAAGGCUCAAAGAGCUACAAUGGACGAUGAGAAAACCCGGGAGGUUGGCGAGCUUAGAGAGCGUCUCCGCCAGGAAACGGAAGAGCGUGAAAGCACAAUCGCGUCGCUAAGGGCAGCCGCAGAUUCAGGCGGCCAGAUCCUACAACCCACCGACAACGAGCUCAAGACACUGUUUCAGAGACUGCGACUAGUCAUUGAAAUGGUCACAUCGCCAUUCAACCUCCCCGGCGUGACCGUGCCGCAAAACAGCCCCCUCGAUCCCACUGGGUUCGUGGAACGGGAGGGCAAAAACACGAUGCGCCACCUUCUGCGAAGCGCUAUUUGGGCGAGGCUACUCGAGGGCUUCUUCUCUGCGCCCUAUGGAUUUGGUGCUUUUGGCAACGGCGAAGGCCAACAGACCCUGGUCGGGCUCUACAUUGCGUGGCAGAAGGUGUUAGCACAGGACAACGGCAGUGCUGCGGCAGAUUCCGUUGCAAACGCCGACUUCACCCUCUUCAGGCGUGACAAGGUGGCCAACAGGUGGCGAUCGGCCACAUUUCAGUCAAUCUUGUCUGCCCUGGCAUCGAGCCCCGCCCAAACCGAGAGCGCUGUCCUGACGCCGUUCGCCAGAAACCAGGCCGAGGUAGAGCAGCACAUCUUCAGCAUCCUGCAAGAGGUCGCAAAUGCGGCUGCAAUUGACGGAGUCCGGGAGACGGUGGCAGAAAUCGUGCGCAAGGCCGGGGAACUUGCGCUACAAAUCGGCGUGCACCGGGCCUCGCUAGGGAUUGCAUUGCCUCGCAACGGCGAGCCGGUCAAGAUUGGCCACGAGUACAUCGACUGCGAGGAGGGCGAUUCUGCGUUCGGGAGCGUCCUGGAUGUGGACUUGGCCGUUUCUCCGCUGUUCUACAAGAUUGGGGAUGGCCGGGACGACCUGCUCACCGUCAAGCCUAUCGUCCCCGGCGAGAUAUAUCCCCUCCCCCUUCGGGCCGGCGACAGCUGA